GGGGAGGGCGCCGAACGGCACGCACGCGCCCGGCCCUGCCCAACCCAGCCAGGCCCGGGGACACCCAGCGCUUGCCUCGACCCCGCCACACCCGUCCAAGCGCGAAAAUGGAGCUUCCGCCCAGCCACUCGGCGGCCUCCAGGGCGGCCUCGGUGGCAGAGAGCUGCGUCAACUACCAGCAGGGCACCCCGCACAAGCUGUUCCAGGUGCGGGCGGUGGAGCAGGCGCGCCGGGAGGAUCUUCCAGGAAGAGGGCACAAGUAUCACAUUAAAUUUUCUGUGGAAGAAAUUAUCCAAAAACAGGUUACAGUGAACUGCACGGCCGAGGUGCUUUACCCGCCACCAGGACAGGACAUUGCACCCGAGGUCAACUUCACAUUCCAAGGGGGCAUCGGAGAGAACCCAGAUGAGGAAGACAACAAGUUUUACCAGACCCUCAAGUCCACAAAGGAACCACUAGCAGCACAGAACAUUCCAGACAAUUUUGGAAAUGUACCUCCACAGAUGAAGCCUGUUCAACACUUAGCCCAGGUUGCCUGUGGUUAUAUAAUAUGGCAGAAUUCAACUGAAAAUACAUGGUAUAAAAUGGCAAAAAUUCAAACUGUCAAGCAGGUGCAAAGGAACGAUGACUUUAUUGAGCUAGACUAUAGCAUUCUGCUACAUGACAUUGCGUCUCAGGAGAUUAUUCCUUGGCAAAUGCAAGUUCUCUGGCACCCACAAUAUGGCACAAAAGUAAAACAUAACAGUCGCCUCCCAAAAGAAGCAGAGCUGGAAUAAGCCAAGACCUUCAGGUGAGCGGAGUCAGACACAUGCCUGUGACCUGCACACCAGUCCUCGCUGGGAUCUAGCCUAGGGCCCGAGCAAACCCCAAAGUGUCACCACAUAGAAACAUCUUCAUUAACUGUAACAGUGCCAUGUGUAUUCCAUAAUAAAUGAUUCCAUUUCA